GGCGGCCCCUUUCUUCUACAAUUAACUCCAUCCUACACAAAGAAUUGCUCUUCCUCCUUUGCUUUCUUCAAUCGAUCUGCAGACAGUUCGCGGUGUCCGUGCUUCCUGUUGCUGAUACCACUAGAAGAUCAGAGGAGCAAACUUACUAGAUUAAUAAACAUGAAUGUAGACCAUGAAAUUAGUGUCUUGGUGGAGCAGAUCCAUCGUCUUGGCAAAAGAGAUCAGGAUGGGAAAGUGAAAGUAACGUUUGGUGUAUUAUUUCAUGAUGAACAAUGCGCCAAUCUAUUUGAAGCCAUGGUUGGAACCUUGAAAGCUGCCAAACGCAAGAAGAUUUUGGCAUAUGACGGAGAGCUGCUUUUACAAGGGGUGCAUGACAAAACGGACAUUGUGCUGCUUCAGGAGUAAUCUGGAUUAUGGAUAUCAUUUUGGCUGCAAAAAAAGAGAACUAUUUUCCUCAGCAAACCUGUGCACAAUCAAGACAACAAAUGUGAUAUUUUUUUAUAUGGGACAUUCAUGAUAAUGUUUUUGUUUGG